AUGUCAGGGUCGACCGCCUGCGACCCCGCGCCUAACGCUAGCCUCGGGGACGACAAAGCGUCACCAAAAGUUGCUGUUCAGCAAACUCAGGAGGAGCGAGAGCGUAUUCUUCAAUGGGCAAGAGACAUCGUCAAAAAAUAUCCCUACCAGCCACGGAAAGUGCGACAGGAAGCUGCUCGUGCAAAGAUCUGUUGUGUGCCCACAAGACCGAGCCGCAAAUGUGAACAGCUGGCUGCCACAUCUCAUAAAUGGGGGAGAACCCAGCAGCCUAAAUGCCGAGUAGGAAUUCACUUGUCAAUCACAAUUUACGGCAUUGGACCUUGUCCCGACAAAAUCGAACGCUGA